GGCGAGAGGCGAGAGGGGUGGGCGGGCGGCUCGGCUGGCGUUGGCGCUCUGCAGUGCAGUGGAGUGUUAGCCCAGCUCCCUAUAUGGUCGGGGAUUAGCUAGACGCUGCUGAGGCUGAGCCAGGAGCCGGAGGAGGAGGAGGACGAAGAGGAGGAGGAGGAGAAAGAGCGCAGCAGCAGUCAGCGCACGCCUGCUGCCGGGGGAAGCAGAGGCGCCGGAGGCUGGGGCACCGCCGACGCCUCGGGAGCCAUGGCCGAAGGGGGAGAAGGAGGCGAGGACGAGAUCCAGUUUCUGAGGACUGAGGAUGAAGUGGUACUCCAGUGCAUCGCCACCAUUCACAAGGAGCAGAGGAAGUUCUGCCUCGCAGCUGAGGGACUUGGGAAUCGCCUGUGCUUCUUGGAACCCACUUCAGAAGCCAAGUACAUUCCUCCAGAUCUCUGCGUCUGCAGUUUUGUGCUGGAACAGUCCCUAUCUGUCAGAGCCCUGCAGGAAAUGCUUGCCAACACAGGUGAAAAUGGCGGCGAAGGGCUCAGUGAUCUCUCGGAAUGGUUUCAAAGGAAGGCAGCACAAGGAGGUGGCCACAGGACUCUGUUAUACGGCCAUGCAAUUCUCCUGAGGCACUCUUUCAGUGGAAUGUAUCUAACAUGCUUGACUACAUCAAGAUCCCAGACAGACAAACUUGCCUUUGAUGUAGGUCUACGGGAACAUGCCACAGGAGAAGCCUGUUGGUGGACUAUACAUCCUGCUUCCAAACAGAGGUCCGAAGGAGAGAAAGUUCGAAUUGGCGAUGACCUCAUCCUUGUCAGCGUGUCCUCUGAAAGAUACCUUCAUCUCUCAGUAUCAAAUGGUAACAUACAAGUGGAUGCCUCCUUUAUGCAAACACUGUGGAAUGUACAUCCUACCUGCUCAGGAAGUAGCAUCGAAGAAGGAUACCUACUUGGUGGGCAUGUAGUACGUCUUUUCCACGGUCAUGAUGAGUGUUUGACAAUACCAUCUACAGACCAGAAUGAUUCCCAGCACAGGAGGAUAUUCUACGAAGCUGGGGGAGCUGGGACUCGAGCCAGGUCUCUGUGGAGAGUGGAACCCCUUCGGAUAAGCUGGAGUGGCAGUAACAUCAGAUGGGGCCAGGCUUUCCGACUCCGGCAUCUCACCACAGGCCACUACCUGGCCUUGACAGAGGACCAAGGCCUAAUGCUGCAAGACCGGGCAAAGUCAGACACCAAGUCCACAGCUUUCUCUUUCAGGGCAUCAAAGGAAAUCAAGGAGAAAUUAGAUUCCAGUCACAAGCGAGAUAUAGAAGGCAUGGGAGUUCCAGAAAUCAAGUAUGGAGAUUCUGUCUGCUUUGUGCAGCAUAUAGCCAGUGGUCUCUGGGUGACCUACAAAGCACAAGAUGUUAAAACUUCCCGCCUCGGACCUCUAAAAAGAAAGGUCAUACUCCACCAGGAAGGCCACAUGGAUGAUGGAUUAACACUGCAGAGAUGCCAGCGUGAAGAGUCCCAGGCUGCUCGGAUCAUCCGGAACACUACCGCCUUAUUCAGCCAGUUUGUCAGCGGAAACAAUCGCACAGCUGCCCCCAUCACCCUGCCUAUAGAAGAAGUCCUGCAGACCCUACAGGACUUGAUCGCCUACUUCCAGCCCCCAGAGGAGGAGAUGCGACACGAAGACAAGCAGAACAAGCUCCGCUCACUCAAAAACAGACAAAAUCUUUUCAAGGAAGAGGGAAUGUUGGCCCUUGUCUUAAAUUGCAUUGACCGCUUAAAUAUCUACAACAGCGUAGCACACUUUGCAGGGAUUGCAAGGGAAGACAGUGGCAUGGCCUGGAAAGAAAUUCUGAACCUCCUCUACAAAUUGCUCGCUGCUCUCAUUCGUGGAAACAGAAACAAUUGCGCUCAAUUCUCCAAUAACCUUGAUUGGCUCAUCAGUAAAUUGGACAGACUAGAAUCUUCCUCAGGUAUCUUGGAAGUUUUGCACUGCAUCUUAACUGAAAGCCCAGAAGCCUUAAACCUGAUAGCAGAGGGCCACAUCAAGUCCAUCAUCUCCCUGUUGGAUAAGCAUGGGCGGAAUCACAAGGUUCUGGAUAUCCUGUGCUCCCUCUGUCUCUGCAAUGGGGUUGCAGUGAGAGCCAACCAGAAUCUGAUCUGUGACAACUUGCUGCCCCGGAGAAACCUGCUGCUGCAGACACGACUGAUUAACGAUGUAACCAGUAUGCGGCCAAACAUCUUCCUGGGAGUCGCGGAGGGCUCAGCCCAGUACAAGAAGUGGUACUUCGAGUUGAUUAUCGACCAGGUGGACCCCUUCCUAACAGCAGAGCCCACACAUCUGCGGGUGGGCUGGGCGUCGUCCUCAGGCUAUGCCCCAUACCCAGGAGGUGGAGAAGGAUGGGGAGGCAAUGGUGUUGGCGAUGACCUGUACUCCUAUGGCUUUGAUGGACUUCACCUUUGGUCGGGCCGGAUACCCAGAGCCGUGGCUUCCAUCAACCAGCACCUCCUGAGAUCAGAUGACGUGGUAAGCUGCUGCCUGGACCUCGGGGUGCCCAGCAUCUCAUUCCGCAUCAACGGGCAGCCUGUGCAAGGGAUGUUUGAGAACUUCAACACAGACGGGCUCUUCUUCCCUGUGAUGAGCUUUUCAGCAGGUGUCAAAGUACGUUUCCUGAUGGGUGGACGUCAUGGAGAGUUUAAGUUCCUGCCUCCCUCGGGCUAUGCCCCUUGCUAUGAAGCCUUACUUCCAAAAGAGAAGAUGAGAUUGGAGCCUGUCAAAGAAUAUAAACGUGAUGCUGAUGGUGUUAGAGAUCUCUUGGGUACCACCCAGUUCCUCUCCCAAGCCUCUUUCAUCCCAUGUCCCAUAGACACCAGUCAGGUGGUUUUGCCGCCUCACCUAGAAAAGAUCCGAGACAGGCUAGCUGAAAACAUCCAUGAGCUUUGGGGAAUGAAUAAAAUAGAGCUUGGCUGGACUUUCGGCAAGAUACGAGAUGACAAUAAAAGACAACAUCCUUGCCUUGUGGAGUUUUCAAAGCUCCCCGAAACUGAGAAGAAUUAUAACCUGCAAAUGUCGACUGAAACCUUAAAAACCCUCCUGGCCCUGGGGUGCCACAUUGCCCAUGUUAACCCAACUGCUGAGGAUGAUCUCAAGAAAGUCAAACUUCCCAAAAACUAUAUGAUGUCAAAUGGCUAUAAGCCAGCCCCUUUGGAUUUGUCUGAUGUGAAGCUGUUACCUCCUCAAGAAAUUUUAGUGGAUAAGCUCGCAGAAAACGCACACAAUGUUUGGGCAAAAGACAGAAUAAAACAGGGAUGGACCUAUGGCAUCCAACAGGAUUUGAAGAACAAACGAAAUCCCCGUCUGGUGCCAUAUGCAUUACUAGACGAGCGUACCAAGAAGUCAAACAGGGACAGCCUGCGGGAAGCUGUGCGCACCUUUGUUGGUUACGGGUAUAACAUUGAGCCAUCAGACCAAGAACUAGCUGACCCGGCUGUGGAGAAAGUCAGCAUAGACAAGAUCCGGUUUUUUCGGGUAGAGCGAUCUUAUGCAGUGAGAUCUGGAAAGUGGUAUUUUGAGUUUGAGGUGGUAACUGGAGGAGACAUGCGAGUCGGCUGGGCCAGGCCAGGCUGUCGGCCUGAUGUCGAGCUGGGGGCCGAUGACCAAGCCUUUGUGUUUGAAGGCAGCAGGGGCCAGCGUUGGCAUCAAGGAAGUGGGUAUUUUGGGCGCACUUGGCAGCCAGGGGAUGUGGUCGGAUGUAUGAUUAACCUGGAUGAUGCUUCAAUGAUCUUCACGUUGAAUGGGGAGCUGCUGAUCACCAACAAAGGCUCUGAACUUGCCUUCGCUGACUACGAGAUUGAAAAUGGCUUUGUGCCCAUCUGCUGUCUGGGGCUAUGUCAGAUCGGCCGCAUGAAUCUCGGGACCGAUGCCAGUACCUUCAAGUUUUAUACCAUGUGUGGUCUCCAGGAGGGCUUUGAGCCGUUCGCUGUCAACAUGAACAGAGAUGUUGCCAUGUGGUUCAGCAAGCGCCUCCCAACGUUUGUCAACGUGCCAAAGGAUCAUCCGCACAUAGAGGUCGUGAGGAUUGAUGGUACCAUGGACAGCCCUCCAUGUCUCAAGGUGACCCAUAAGACGUUUGGCACACAAAAUAGCAAUGCCGACAUGAUCUACUGCCGCUUGAGCAUGCCCGUCGAGUGCCACUCUUCCUUCAGCCACAGCCCCUGUCUGGACAGUGAAGCUUUCCAGAAAAGGAAACAGAUGCAAGAAAUACUCUCUCAUACAACAACACAGUGCUACUAUGCCAUCCGCAUCUUUGCUGGACAGGAUCCAUCCUGUGUCUGGGUCGGAUGGGUGACUCCAGACUAUCACUUGUACAGUGAAAAGUUUGACCUGAAUAAAAACUGCACAGUGACUGUCACCCUAGGGGAUGAAAGAGGCCGGGUCCAUGAAAGUGUGAAACGCAGCAACUGCUACAUGGUCUGGGGUGGGGAUAUUGUGGCCAGUUCCCAGAGAUCAAAUCGGAGCAAUGUGGAUCUGGAGAUUGGCUGUCUCGUGGAUCUGGCAAUGGGCAUGUUGUCCUUCUCAGCCAAUGGAAAAGAACUGGGCACCUGCUACCAGGUGGAGCCUAAUACCAAAGUGUUUCCAGCAGUUUUCCUGCAACCUACAAGUACUUCUUUGUUUCAGUUUGAACUUGGAAAGCUGAAGAAUGCAAUGCCCCUGUCGGCGGCCAUAUUCAAGAGUGAAGAGAAGAACCCAGUCCCACAGUGUCCACCUCGGCUGGAUGUCCAAACCAUCCAGCCCGUGCUCUGGAGCCGCAUGCCCAACAGCUUCCUGAAAGUGGAGACUGAGCGGGUGAGCGAGCGCCACGGCUGGGUGGUGCAGUGCCUGGAGCCCCUGCAGAUGAUGGCACUCCACAUCCCCGAGGAGAACAGGUGUGUGGAUAUCCUGGAGCUCUGUGAGCAGGAGGACCUGAUGCGCUUCCAUUACCACACGCUGAGACUCUACAGUGCGGUGUGCGCCCUGGGAAACAGCCGCGUGGCCUACGCCCUAUGCAGCCACGUGGACCUCUCCCAGCUCUUCUAUGCCAUUGACAACAAGUACCUCCCCGGCCUCCUUCGAUCUGGUUUCUACGACCUCCUCAUCAGCAUCCACCUGGCCAACGCCAAGGAGAGGAAGCUGAUGAUGAAGAACGAGUACAUCAUCCCCAUUACCGGCACUACCAGGAACAUCCACCUAUUCCCGGAUGAGUCCAAGAGGCACGGACUGCCUGGGGUGGGCCUCAGAACAUGUCUCAAGCCUGGGUUCAGGUUUUCCACCCCUUGCUUCGUCGUGACUGGUGAGGAGCACCAAAAGCAGAGCCCUGAGAUUCCCUUGGAGAGUCUCAGGACUAAGGCUCUAAGUAUGCUGACAGAGGCAGUGCAGUGCAGUGGGGCACACAUCCGAGACCCCGUGGGGGGGUCUGUGGAGUUCCAGUUUGUGCCUGUGCUGAAACUCAUUGGAACGCUGCUGGUCAUGGGGGUGUUUGAUGAUGAUGAUGUUCGGCAGAUCCUCCUCCUGGUUGAUCCCUCUGUGUUUGGGGAGCAUAGUGCGGAGACAGAGGAGGGAGCAGAAAAGGAGGAAGUGACCCAGGUGGAGGAGAAGGCUGUGGAGGCUGGGGAGAAGGCCAGCAAGGAGGCUCCUGUCAAAGGCUUGUUGCAGACUCGAUUACCUGAGUCGGUCAAGCUACAGAUGUGUGAGCUCCUCAGCUAUCUCUGUGACUGUGAGCUGCAGCACCGAGUGGAGGCCAUUGUGGCAUUUGGUGACAUUUAUGUCUCCAAGCUGCAGGCAAAUCAGAAGUUCCGCUACAAUGAGCUCAUGCAGGCCUUGAACAUGUCUGCGGCCCUGACUGCCCGGAAGACCAAGGAGUUCCGCUCACCCCCGCAGGAGCAGAUCAACAUGCUGCUUAACUUUCAACUGGGAGAGAACUGCCCCUGCCCAGAGGAGAUUCGGGAGGAGCUGUAUGACUUCCAUGAGGACCUUCUCAUUCACUGUGGGGUUCCUUUGGAAGAAGAGAAAGAGGAGGAGGAGGACACCUCCUGGACAGGAAAACUCCGUGCCUUGGUUUACAAAAUCAAAGGCCCACCCAGUCCAGUGAAGGAGCAGCCGACAGAGGAGGAGGAGAGAUGCCCCACAACAUUGAAGGAACUCAUCUCACAGACGAUGAUCUGCUGGGCCCAGGAGGACCAGAUCCAGGAUGCAGAGCUGGUCCGAAUGAUGUUCAACCUCCUCCGGAGGCAGUACGACAGCAUCGGGGAGCUGCUGCAGGCACUGCGGAAGACCUACACCAUCAGCCACGCUUCUGUAAGCGACACCAUCAACCUGCUGGCUGCCCUGGGCCAAAUCCGCUCCCUCCUGAGUGUCAGGAUGGGCAAGGAAGAGGAGUUGCUCAUGAUCAAUGGGCUGGGAGACAUAAUGAACAACAAGGUGUUUUACCAGCAUCCCAACCUCAUGAGAGUCCUGGGCAUGCACGAGACCGUGAUGGAGGUGAUGGUGAACGUGUUGGGUACAGAGAAAUCUCAGAUUGCAUUUCCAAAGAUGGUUGCUAGCUGCUGCCGUUUCCUUUGCUAUUUCUGUCGAAUUAGCCGGCAGAAUCAGAAGGCCAUGUUUGAGCAUCUGAGUUAUCUUCUGGAGAACAGCAGUGUUGGCCUAGCCUCCCCAUCGAUGAGGGGAUCCACCCCGCUGGAUGUGGCAGCGUCCUCUGUAAUGGACAACAACGAAUUAGCGCUGGGCUUAGAGGAACCAGAUCUCGAGAAGGUGGUGAUGUACUUAGCAGGCUGUGGCCUACAGAGCUGCCCCAUGCUUCUGGCCAAAGGAUACCCUGACGUCGGCUGGAACCCCAUUGAAGGGGAACGCUACCUGUCCUUCCUGAGGUUUGCCGUCUUUGUGAACAGUGAGAGUGUGGAAGAAAAUGCCAGUGUUGUGGUCAAGCUGCUGAUCAGACGCCCAGAGUGCUUCGGCCCGGCCCUGCGGGGUGACGGGGGAAACGGGCUGUUGGCGGCCAUGCAGGGUGCCAUUAAGAUCUCUGAGAACCCAGCGCUUGACCUCCCGUCUCAAGGAUACAAGAGAGAAGUCAGCACGGAGGACGAUGAAGAGGAAGAAGAAAUUGUGCACAUGGGCAAUGCAAUUAUGUCAUUUUAUUCAGCACUUAUAGAUCUACUGGGCCGCUGUGCUCCUGAAAUGCAUCUCAUCCAGACAGGAAAGGGGGAAGCCAUCCGCAUCAGGUCCAUCCUGCGCUCCCUGGUCCCCACAGAAGACCUGGUUGGGAUCAUCAGUAUCCCCUUGAAACUGCCCUCCCUCAACAAAGAUGGGUCGGUCAGUGAGCCAGAUAUGGCGGCCAACUUCUGCCCUGACCACAAGGCACCUAUGGUGCUGUUCUUGGACCGUGUUUAUGGCAUUAAGGAUCAAACUUUUCUGCUCCACUUGCUGGAGGUUGGAUUUUUACCUGACCUAAGAGCCUCUGCCUCUCUAGAUACAGUUUCCCUAAGCACCACAGAGGCUGCGCUCGCACUCAAUAGGUAUAUAUGUUCUGCUGUGCUCCCGCUCCUCACAAGAUGUGCCCCGCUCUUUGCCGGAACAGAACACUGCACCUCUCUUAUUGAUUCUACCCUGCAGACAAUAUACAGGCUUUCCAAGGGACGUUCCCUCACCAAAGCACAAAGGGACACUAUAGAAGAAUGUCUGCUUGCCAUUUGCAACCACUUGAGGCCUUCCAUGUUACAGCAGCUCCUGCGACGCCUCGUUUUUGAUGUGCCACAACUCAAUGAAUACUGCAAAAUGCCUCUCAAGCUUCUGACGAAUCACUAUGAACAGUGCUGGAAGUAUUACUGCCUGCCUUCAGGAUGGGGGAGCUAUGGGCUAGCUGUGGAAGAAGAGCUGCACCUAACAGAGAAGCUUUUCUGGGGGAUUUUUGACUCUCUCUCCCAUAAGAAAUAUGACCCAGAUCUUUUCCGAAUGGCCCUGCCUUGUCUCAGUGCGAUAGCUGGCGCCUUGCCACCAGAUUAUUUAGAUACCAGAAUCACAGCCACGCUGGAGAAACAGAUCUCAGUGGAUGCAGAUGGCAACUUUGACCCAAAACCUAUCAAUACCAUGAAUUUUUCCUUGCCUGAGAAAUUGGAAUACAUCGUCACCAAGUAUGCUGAGCAUUCACAUGAUAAAUGGGCCUGUGACAAGAGUCAGAAUGGAUGGAAAUAUGGGAUUUCCCUGGAUGAAAAUGUGAAGACCCACCCACUGAUAAGGCCCUUCAAGACAUUAACGGAGAAGGAGAAGGAAAUUUAUCGCUGGCCUGCCCGAGAGUCCCUGAAAACCAUGCUGGCUGUGGGCUGGACUGUGGAGAGGACCAAAGAGGGAGAAGCUUUGGUUCAACAGCGGGAAAAUGAGAAGCUUCGAAGUGUGUCCCAGACCAACCAGGGCAACAGCUACAGCCCUGCUCCCCUCGACCUCUCAAAUGUUGUGCUCUCCAGAGAGCUCCAGGGAAUGGUGGAGGUCGUGGCUGAGAACUAUCACAAUAUCUGGGCGAAGAAGAAGAAGCUGGAGCUGGAGAGCAAAGGUGGUGGUAGUCACCCUCUUCUGGUACCAUAUGACACCUUGACUGCCAAGGAAAAGUUCAAGGACCGGGAGAAGGCACAGGACCUGUUUAAGUUCCUUCAAGUGAAUGGUGUCAUCGUUUCCAGGGGUAUGAAAGAUAUGGAGCUGGAUGCUUCCUCCAUGGAAAAGAGGUUUGCCUAUAAGUUCUUGAAGAAGAUCCUGAAAUACGUUGAUUCCGCUCAAGAAUUUAUUGCUCAUUUAGAAGCCAUUGUCAGCAGUGGGAAAACUGAAAAGUGUCCCCAUGACCAGGAGAUCAAAUUCUUUGCCAAAGUUCUCCUCCCACUGGUUGACCAGUACUUCACCAAUCAUCACCUCUACUUCCUGUCAUCCCCUCUGAAGCCCCUUAGCAGCAGCGGAUAUGCCUCCCAUAAGGAAAAAGAAAUGGUGGCCAGCCUGUUCUGCAAGCUUGCUGCUCUUGUUAGACACAGGAUUUCCCUCUUUGGUAGUGAUUCUACUACAAUGGUGAGCUGUCUUCACAUCUUAGCUCAGACUCUUGACACAAGGACUGUCAUGAAGUCAGGCUCAGAGCUGGUGAAGGCUGGGUUGCGAGCAUUCUUUGAAAAUGCUGCAGAAGACUUGGAGAAGACUUCAGAAAACCUGAAACUAGGAAAGUUCACCCAUUCCCGAACGCAGAUUAAAGGUGUUUCUCAGAAUAUUAACUAUACUACAGUGGCUCUGCUCCCCAUCCUGACGUCCAUCUUUGAGCACGUCGCUCAGCAUCAGUUUGGAAUGGAUCUACUCUUAGGUGACGUGCAGAUUUCAUGCUACCACAUACUGUGCAGCCUCUACUCCCUUGGGACAGGAAAGAACAUUUAUGUUGAAAGGCAACGCCCUGCACUUGGAGAAUGUCUGGCCUCACUGGCAGCUGCCAUACCAGUGGCAUUCCUGGAGCCCACCCUUAAUCGCUACAAUCCACUCUCGGUCUUCAACACUAAAACCCCCAGGGAGAGGUCUAUUCUGGGGAUGCCAGACACGGUGGAAGACAUGUGUCCUGACAUCCCACAGCUGGAAGGCCUGAUGAAGGAAAUCAACGACCUGGCCGAGUCAGGGGCCCGGUACACAGAGAUGCCCCAUGUCAUCGAGGUGAUCUUACCCAUGCUCUGCAACUACCUGUCCUACUGGUGGGAGCGGGGGCCUGAGAACCUACUCCCCAGCACAGGGUCAUGCUGCACCAAGGUCACCUCUGAACACCUCAGUAUCAUCCUGGGUAACAUUCUGAAAAUCAUCAACAACAACCUGGGCAUCGAUGAGGCCUCCUGGAUGAAGCGCAUUGCAGUGUAUGCACAGCCCAUCAUCAGCAAAGCCAGGCCCGACCUGCUGAGAAGCCACUUCAUCCCAACUCUGGAGAAGCUGAAGAAAAAGGCCGUCAAGACCGUGCAGGAGGAGGAGCAGCUGAAAGCUGACGGCAAAGGGGACACCCAGGAGGCAGAGCUCCUCAUCCUGGAUGAGUUCGCGGUCCUCUGCAGAGACCUCUAUGCCUUCUACCCCAUGCUGAUCCGCUACGUGGACAACAACAGAUCUAACUGGCUCAAAAGCCCUGAUGCUGAUUCUGACCAGCUCUUCCGCAUGGUGGCAGAAGUCUUCAUCCUGUGGUGUAAAUCUCAUAACUUCAAGAGGGAAGAGCAAAAUUUUGUGAUUCAGAAUGAAAUUAAUAAUUUGGCAUUUUUAACCGGAGACAGCAAAAGCAAGAUGUCAAAAGCCAUGCAAGUAAAGUCUGGAGGACAGGACCAGGAGCGGAAGAAGACAAAGCGGCGGGGAGACUUGUAUUCCAUCCAGACCUCCCUCAUCGUGGCUGCACUCAAGAAAAUGCUGCCCAUUGGUUUGAAUAUGUGCACUCCAGGAGACCAGGAGCUGAUCUCCCUUGCAAAAUCACGAUACAGCCAUAGGGACACAGAUGAAGAGGUCAAAGAACAUCUGCGGAACAACUUGCACUUGCAGGAAAAGUCUGAUGACCCAGCUGUAAAAUGGCAGCUGAACCUCUACAAGGAUGUUUUGAAGAGUGAAGAGCCUUUCAAUCCAGAAAAGACAGUGGAGCGUGUGCAGAGAAUUUCAGCCGCUGUCUUCCACCUGGAACAGGUAGAACAGCCUUUGAGGUCCAAGAAGGCCGUCUGGCACAAACUAUUAUCAAAGCAACGCAAACGGGCAGUGGUGGCCUGUUUCAGAAUGGCCCCUCUCUACAACCUGCCCAGGCACCGCUCUAUUAACCUCUUCCUCCAUGGCUAUCAGAGAUUUUGGAUAGAAACAGAGGAGUAUUCCUUUGAAGAGAAACUAGUACAGGAUUUGGCUAAAUCUCCAAAGGUGGAAGAGGAGGAGGAGGAAGAGACAGAAAAACAACCUGACCCACUACAUCAGAUCAUUCUCUAUUUUAGCCGCAACGCUCUCACGGAGAGGAGCAAAUUGGAAGACGACCCUUUGUACACCUCCUAUUCCAGCAUGAUGGCCAAGAGUUGUCAAAGCGGUGAGGAUGAAGAAGAUGAUGAAGACAAGGAAAAAACAUUUGAAGAGAAAGAGAUGGAGAAGCAGAAAACCCUCUAUCAGCAAGCUCGGCUGCACGAGCGUGGUGCCGCAGAGAUGGUCCUUCAGAUGAUAAGUGCCAGCAAAGGUGAGAUGAGCCCAAUGGUCGUUGAAACUCUGAAGCUGGGGAUCGCCAUUCUGAAUGGAGGCAAUGCCGGUGUGCAACAGAAAAUGCUAGAUUACCUAAAGGAGAAAAAGGAUGCUGGAUUCUUUCAAAGCCUUUCUGGUCUUAUGCAGUCUUGCAGUGUCCUUGAUUUGAAUGCAUUUGAGAGGCAGAAUAAAGCUGAAGGCCUGGGGAUGGUGACUGAAGAAGGAACACUCAUUGUUCGUGAACGUGGUGAAAAAGUACUCCAGAAUGACGAGUUCACGCGUGAUCUCUUUAGAUUCCUACAGUUACUUUGUGAGGGACAUAAUAGUGACUUUCAGAACUUCCUGCGGACUCAGAUGGGCAACACCACCACCGUAAAUGUCAUCAUCAGCACUGUGGACUACCUUCUACGUCUGCAGGAAUCAAUCAGUGAUUUCUACUGGUAUUACUCCGGGAAGGACAUCAUUGAUGAAUCUGGACAGCACAAUUUUUCCAAAGCUCUGGCAGUCACCAAGCAGAUUUUCAAUUCUCUUACAGAAUACAUCCAGGGCCCUUGCAUUGGUAACCAGCAGAGCCUGGCUCACAGCAGGCUGUGGGACGCAGUGGUUGGCUUCCUCCAUGUCUUUGCUAAUAUGCAGAUGAAACUCUCUCAGGAUUCCAGUCAGAUCGAGCUGCUGAAGGAACUCUUGGAUCUCCUUCAGGACAUGGUGGUGAUGCUUCUGUCCCUCCUGGAAGGGAAUGUGGUAAAUGGCACCAUUGGCAAGCAGAUGGUUGACACACUGGUAGAAUCAUCUACCAAUGUAGAAAUGAUCUUGAAAUUCUUUGACAUGUUCUUGAAACUUAAAGACUUAACCAGCUCAGACACCUUCAAAGAGUAUGACCCAGAUGGUAAAGGAAUUAUCUCCAAAAAAGAAUUCCAGAAGGCCAUGGAAGGGCAAAAACAGUACACACCGUCAGAGAUUGACUUUCUCCUUUCGUGUGCAGAAGCUGAUGAGAAUGACAUGUUUAAUUACAUUGAUUUUGUAGACCGGUUCCAUGAGCCAGCCAAGGACAUAGGGUUUAAUGUGGCUGUGUUAUUGACAAAUCUUUCUGAACACAUGCCAAAUGAUUCCCGCCUGAAGUGUCUGUUGGACCCAGCAGAAAGUGUGCUCAAUUACUUCGAACCAUACCUAGGACGUAUUGAGAUCAUGGGUGGGGCCAAGAAAAUUGAGCGUGUUUAUUUUGAGAUCAGCGAAUCCAGUCGCACUCAGUGGGAGAAGCCCCAGGUGAAGGAAUCUAAGCGACAGUUCAUUUUUGAUGUUGUCAAUGAAGGUGGGGAGCAGGAGAAGAUGGAGCUGUUUGUGAACUUCUGUGAGGACACCAUCUUUGAAAUGCAGUUAGCAUCUCAGAUCUCUGAAUCCGAUUCAGCUGACAGGCCAGAAGAGGAGGAAGAAGAUGAAGAUUCUUCUUACGUGUUAGAAAUUGUGGGUGAAGAGGAGGAAGAUGAGUCUUUCGAGCCGGCCUCUGCAUUUGCUAUGGCCUGUGACUCUGUGAAGAGGAAUGUCGCCAACUUUCUGAAGAGAGCAACCCUGAAGAACCUCAGGAAGCAGUACAGGAACGUGAAAAAGAUGACUGCGAAGGAGCUGGUGAAGGUGUUCUUCUCCUUUUUCUGGAUGCUGUUUGUGGGUCUAUUCCAGUUGUUCUUCACCAUCCUGGGAGGAAUCUUUCAGAUCCUCUGGAGCACAGUGUUUGGAGGGGGCCUGGUAGAAGGGGCAAAGAACAUCAGAGUGACCAAGAUCCUGGGUGAUAUGCCUGACCCAACCCAGUUUGGUAUCCAUGAUGACACUAUGGAGGCUGAGAGGGCAGAGGUGAUGGAGCCAGGUAUCACCACUGAACUAGUACACUUUAUAAAGGGUGAGAAGGGCGAUGCAGAUAUCAUGUCAGACCUCUUUGGACUCCACCCAAAGAAAGAGGGCAGCUUAAAGCAUGGGCCUGAAGUGGGUUUGGGUGACCUCUCAGAAAUUACUGGCAAGGACGAACCCCCUACGUUAGAGAGUACUGUACAGAAGAAGAGGAAAGCACAGGCAGCAGAGAUGAAAGCAGCAAAUGAAGCAGAAGGAAAAGUGGAAUCCGAGAAGGCAGACAUGGAAGAUGGAGAGAAGGAAGACAAAGACAAAGAAGAGGAGGAAGCUGAGUACCUGUGGACAGAAGUGACAAAAAAGAAGAAGCGACGGCGUGGUCAGAAGGUUGAGAAGCCGGAAGCUUUCAUGGCGAAUUUCUUUAAAGGGCUGGAAAUCUAUCAGACCAAGUUACUGCAUUACCUGGCCAGGAAUUUCUACAACCUGAGGUUUCUUGCUCUGUUUGUAGCCUUCGCUAUCAACUUCAUCCUGCUUUUUUAUAAGGUCACUGAAGAACCUUUAGAAGAAGAGACAGAGGACGUUGCAAACCUGUGGAAUUCCUUUAAUGAUGAGGAAGAGGAAGAAGCGAUGGUGUUUUUUGUCCUUCAGGAGAGCACUGGGUAUAUGGCACCAACACUGCGGGCCCUGGCCGUCAUCCACACCAUCAUCUCUCUAGUCUGUGUGGUGGGAUACUACUGCCUGAAGGUCCCUUUGGUAGUAUUCAAAAGGGAAAAAGAAGUAGCCAGGAAGCUGGAGUUUGAUGGCCUAUAUAUCACCGAACAGCCAUCCGAAGAUGACAUCAAGGGGCAAUGGGACCGCUUGGUGAUCAACACACCAUCUUUUCCUAAUAACUAUUGGGACAAGUUUGUAAAGAGAAAGGUGAUCAACAAGUAUGGAGAUCUCUACGGAGCAGAACGCAUUGCUGAACUUCUGGGUUUGGACAAAAAUGCUCUUGACUUUAGCCCAGUAGAAGAGACCAAAGCAGAGGCGGCCUCUCUGGUGUCAUGGCUAAGUUCCAUUGACAUGAAGUACCAUAUCUGGAAGCUUGGAGUUGUUUUUACUGAUAACUCCUUUCUCUACCUUGCCUGGUAUACAACCAUGUCAGUUCUGGGCCACUACAAUAACUUCUUCUUUGCUGCUCACCUGUUGGAUAUCGCAAUGGGCUUUAAGACACUCAGGACCAUUCUGUCAUCUGUAACUCACAACGGCAAACAGUUGGUUCUGACUGUGGGUCUCCUGGCCGUGGUGGUUUAUCUGUAUACUGUGGUGGCUUUCAACUUCUUCCGAAAGUUCUACAACAAAAGUGAAGACGACGAUGAGCCGGAUAUGAAGUGCGACGACAUGAUGACGUGUUACCUUUUCCACAUGUACGUGGGAGUGAGAGCAGGAGGCGGCAUUGGCGAUGAAAUUGAAGACCCUGCUGGUGAUCCUUAUGAAAUGUAUCGCAUUGUCUUUGACAUUACCUUUUUCUUCUUUGUCAUUGUCAUCUUGCUCGCCAUCAUUCAAGGUCUUAUUAUUGAUGCUUUUGGAGAGCUCAGAGACCAGCAGGAACAAGUGCGAGAAGAUAUGGAGACUAAAUGUUUCAUCUGUGGGAUUGGCAAUGACUACUUUGACACGACCCCUCAUGGUUUUGAAACACAUACAUUACAAGAGCACAACUUGGCCAAUUACUUGUUCUUUCUGAUGUAUUUGAUUAAUAAAGAUGAAACAGAACACACCGGUCAGGAAUCUUAUGUCUGGAAAAUGUACCAAGAAAGGUGUUGGGAUUUCUUCCCAGCCGGUGAUUGCUUUCGUAAACAAUAUGAAGAUCAGCUUGGAUAAUCUGAAUGAAAGAAGUGCCACAAUUCUGGACAGUCAACUUCCAAUGAAAUAAAGUCCUCCUGUUACAGAUCUGCAACAUAUUUGAAAUGUGACAUUUUCUAAAUACCUCCCUUAAAAAAAAAAAAGUUUGCUGAAAAUCUGUGCUAUUUUGAAAUUGAUUUGGCUUUUUGUGCCUAAUGGACAUACAUACACUGUGGGAACCUGUCAAAAUGUUUAAGGAGGAUGGCAAGGAAUCAAAUAAUCUCUAGUGAAAUGCCUGCGAGUUUUUCAGUUCUAAGGUAUCUAAUUUGUUGGGAAUGGUAGCAUUAAGGAAAGGGCUACAGAAGUAUGAAGUCUUGAAUGUGUAAUACCUGAAAUUUUAAACACUUGAAUGUCAUAUGAUGGUAUCAACUUGUGACUCAUAGGGUCUGAACUACAAAAAAUAAUUUUAACUGAGUCUAAUUUUUCCCAUGGUACUUGCUACUGACUGUAUCCAGAAAAGCUUUAAGCAGUUAAAGAAACAGAAAAAACCCGACACUUUGUCGACAGUGAAAUCUCGAUUAAGUGCCUUAAAACCUCUUUAGAUAUAGCUAUGCAAGUUUUUUAUGUUUGUGUUCCAGAAGGACAGUUCCAUUAAUUAGUGGUGAUCUUGUCUUACUUUAUGAAACUGCACUGGAAGGUUAUUCAUAUAAUUUUUUUUUUUUUUAGUAACAGCUGUCAACUGCUGUUGUUAGAAGAAAAGUACUGUACUGAAAAUUCAGAAAAAAAAUCUCAACCUUAUGCCAAAAUUGAGUAAUGCUUAUGGUCCCUUGUAAGUAGUGGAGCUGCUAUGUUUAGGUGAAUCUCCUCAAAUAAAACAAAGUGCCCACUGCAAUAAAGUAAUACAUACCAAUCCAUG